AUGGCUUCAUCUUCCUCCCCUGCUCCAUCUUCUCAAUAUCCAAAGCCACAUGAUAUUUUUUUAAGUUUUAGAGGUGAGGACACCCGCGGAAAUUUCACCAGCCAUCUUUGCCAUGCUCUUCGCAGAAGCGAAAUAGAAACAUUCACCGACGACGGAAUUGAGAAAGGAGAUGAGGUAUGGCCAUCUCUUGAGAAAGCCAUUGAAGAUUCAGCUCUGUUCCUUGUGGUGUUCUCAGAAAACUAUGCAUCUUCCACGUGGUGCCUGAAGGAACUUGCAAAAAUAUUAGACCUCUGCAGAAAUCAAGAUCACCUUGUUAUACCUGUGUUCUAUAAAGUAGAUCCUUCAGACGUGAGGAAGCAGUCUGGGAGUUACAAGAAAGCACUUGAAGAACAUGAGCGCAAAGGCAUCAACACGCAACAACUGCGCCAGUGGAGGGAGGCUCUCGCUAAAGCCGCUGGUAUAUCUGGUUUCCCCAUCACCGAUAGUGAUAAUGAAGCACACGAAAUUGAAAAAAUAGUGGAAAGUGUCAACAAAAGGUUGCGCAAACAGUAUCCCGAAGAUAAUGGAGAAGACUUGAUUGGAAUUGAAGAGAAAAUGCAACACGUAGAAUUAUUGUUGGACAAGGAGUCCAACGAUGUCCGAAUCAUUUGCAUUUGGGGGAUGGGCGGUAUGGGCAAAACAACCCUUGCAAGAGCAUUAUUUAAGAGGCGGCGUUAUAAAUACGAAGGGUCUGUCUUUAUGGAAAAAGUGGGAGAAAAAUCAAAGAAUCGCGGAAUAGAGGAUGUGAAGAAAGAUCUUAUUUCGGAAUUAUUUGGGGAUAAAAAUGCUCACACUAGCCCUUACGACAAGAGGAGACUUCAACGGAAAGAAGUUUUCAUUGUUUUGGAUGAUGUUGAUAGUUAUGAUCAAGUAAACGAUUUGGUUGGAAGGCGCGAUUUGUUUAGACCAGGUAGUAAAAUCUUAGUAACAACUAGAAAUAAAAAAAUCCUUGGUGCUAAGGUAGAUGUAGAUCGUGAUGCUAUAUAUGAACUGAAGGGUUUGGAUUCUGAGGAGGCUUUUCAACUUUUCUCUUUACACGCCUUUGGAAAAGACCGCCCUGCCCCUGACCCAAAACUAAGAGAGUUGGCACAGAAAUUGACUAGGUAUGCAAAUGGAAAUCCACUGGCCCUGAAAGUUUUAGGUUCCUCCUUGGCUAAUGAGAAAAAUCAAGAAGUCUGGGAAAGCCGAUUAGAAAAACUUCAAAAAUUACCAGAUCCACAAAUUAACGAAGUCCUAAAAGUAAGUUUUGAAGGACUUGAGGCUGGAGAGAAAGAGAGUUUCUUGGAUAUCGCAUGUCUUUUACCCGAAUAUAAUUAUUUUAUGGGAUGUCUUUCAACUGAUGGUGUUGAGGCGGUAAAAGAUUUGUUAAAAGCCCGACGUGGUUAUGCAGUCCAUUUUGAAUUGGAAAGACUUAAAGAGACGGCUCUUUUAGAAGUUGAUGAAUCUGGGAGCAUAUCAAUGCACGAUCUGCUAAGAGAAAUGGGUCGACAGGCUGUUCGUGAUGAGUCACCAAAGCAUCCUAGAAAGCGCAGUCGAUUAUGGGAUCCUAAAGAAAUAUCUGAAAUAUUGGGGGCAAAAAAGAGAAGUAAAGCCAUUGAAGUUGUAAGCCUGAACCUUCAAGAAGUUGGAGAGAUGCGCUUAAGUCGUAGAGCCUUUCGUUCAAUGCCCAACCUAAAGAUUCUUAAUUUUUAUUCUUAUCACAAAAUCUUUGGUGGGGAUGAAGUCAAGGUAGAAAUUCCUGAUGGAUUAGACUUUUUGCCAGAAGGACUCAUAAAAUUGUGUUGGACGGCAUACCCUUGUGCGUCCUUGCCGGCAACAUUCAAGGCUGAAAAUCUUGUUGAAUUCCAAAUGCCCAAGAGCAAUUUGACAAGACUUUGGGAUGGAGUGCAGAAUCUUGUGAACUUAAGCAAAAUUACGCUCCGUCAAUCAAAAGAGUUGAUUGAACUCCCAGAUUUUUCCAAGGCCACAAGUCUUAAACAUGUUGAUCUCGAGUGGUGCUCAAAAUUGCGGAGUGUACAUCCAUCUAUUUUAUCUCUCCCCAGCCUGUGUCGUUUAUCGCUACGCUGUUGCCUGUCCCUUACCAGCCUUACAAGCGAUACCCAUCUCCAAUCUCUCAUUAAGCUCGAUGUACUUGGGGUUAAGUCUGGAGGAAUUUUCAGUGACCUCAAAAAAGAAGAGCUCGAUUUACAACUUUCAGCAUCUGCCAUCAGUGGUGCGUUGCGCUCAUCAAGUGGGCAUCGCAGCAAAAUUCAUUCAUUGUCUCUAAGAGGUUGCGGAAAUGUGACAAGCGUUCACAAAUUGAUUAAGCUGCGUGGCCUUCGACGUCUUGAUGCUGGAGGGUGUAAUAAGCUAGCAUCACCUCUCCUGUCCAAGUGUGAUAAGAUGGGUGCUUUGCGAAUUCUAUCGCUUCGGUAUUGCUAUGAAUUAUCUGAACUUCCUGAUGACAUCAGCUUCCUGUCAUCAUUACGUCAGUUGGAUCUCUCAGAGACUCAUGUAGAGACCUUGCCUUCGAGCAUCAAACAUCUUUCACGCCUUCAACGUCUUCAACUGGAUGGAUGUAAAAGGCUUCGUCGUCUACCAGAGCUCCCUCCCUCUAUCUUGACAUUGACUGCCACCGACUGCACAUCCCUUCAGACCAUAGAAUCCCUUGAGACCAUACAAUAUUCACCUUCGACAAACGAAGGUGAAAAAGGAAAAUAUAACGCAUGGCCGCGGUUUUUAUUCACAAAUUGCGAGAAGCUGAAUCGACGGGCAAUCAAAGCUGCUGAGGCAAGAGUCCUACUUGAGGUAAAGAAAGCCACUUAUGACUAUGCUGGAUUGGAAUAUCCAGGAAAAAGAGUUCCAAAGUGGUUCAUGUAUAGGGAUAAAGGGUCUUCGGUGUCUGUGAAUCUCAGUUCGAUUCCAAAUUCUGAGGAUGGGGGAUUCCUUUUUUGCGCCGUCUUUUCUAAAUUACCACCAUGGUGGGGAGGAAACAUUGAUGUCAAAUGGUUUAUUGAUGGUAAAUAUGCUUGCGGGCCCACUGAAAGAUUGUUUUACCUGGGUGGGCCGGCGUUCUCAAAGUAUGUUGAUCUUUGGCAUGUCGGUCUUUGGUAUGAUCCUGAUUCACUUGGAGAACUAAAAAGGAAAAUUGAAGAAAGGAAAAGAAAUGGUCAGAGCAACAUGGAGCUUAAAGUUAAAUUCGAAGGUUGUAGCAUAACAGAGAUCAAAAGGUGUGGGGUAUGCCCGACAUCUGCAGUUGAAUAUCAAGAUGGUGACAUUAAACAAGUUCAAUUGCCAUUGCCUCCUCAGCCUGGCUCUAAUGCAAUGGAAGCGGCCUCUCGAAAGCGCAAAUAUCGCAGCUAG